UCCUGGCUUAUAUUCACACCUGUAUAUCUCUACAUACACACAUGUACUACACGUGUAUAUACGUAUCUUUCAUCCCUGAAGGAAUGAGGCUAGAGUGGCUAUUUGACAGAUAAGGUUGCACUUGGAGAAGUACUUCAGCAUGUAGCUCAGUGGGACAGCAUUAAUCUUGCAAUAGGUGUGGCUCAGUCUGGCGAAGGGAACAGAAUCUGAGACUCAAGAAAACGAGGUCACUAGAUAUUUCAAGACUUCAGUAAAUCUAAAAAGAAACCAAAAUCUGCAGAUCUUGGGAGGAACUUCUUUCAGAUUUUUGUUUUAACACAGUUUCCUGUUUGGACAGCAUGAGGGAAGAAAUCUUUUCCCUGGAUAUGCUUUUAUUUAAAGCCAGGAAUGAUGUAACAGCUGGAGGCAGCGGAUGGCCUUUACAGAAGCUAGGAUGAGAGGGCGGCAGUAGAAGGUGGGCUGGGAGGCACAGUUGAGUGUACAAUAAAUCUAGUUUGGACGUGAGGAAAUGCCACAAGUCUGUGAUGAGUGUAAACAUGGAGAACUGCUGUGGUAACUCCAGCAGCUUCCUUUGUAUACAAGACUGUUAUAUGUUGAAAGGCUUUUUAAAAAAAAAAGCAUAACUGAAGUCGAGUAGGCACUUUCUUUGUAAGCAAGGAAGUUUGCCCAUAAAGAUGGCAGUUAGUUUUAAAAAGUCUCCAGAAAGAGGACGUCUGAACUGAUGGAAACAGAGAGUGUUAUUGGUGCAACCGAGCUUCAGGCUGUGCUUGCUGAAUUCUGGAGGCCGCUGGAUUUAAAGUGGGUGUAUCGAGCAGCUGUCGAGAGAGCAAAGAGGAAGGACGUUCCUCUUGCCAGCAGGCGGUAGGAACAACUCAGUAAAUCCACAGCGGUGGACAUUACCUGGCUCCACGUAUUUUCUCUUCGAAACCUUUUUUUGUCUCUCAUGUAUUUUUAUUAAACGCCGUGCGAUCUUUCAGGAAGGUGAGGAGGCGUGCGACAGAAGAGCCAGCCUGUUUGUUUAGCGAUGGCCUCGGCAAUCGAGGCAGAGCGAGGGGCGGGCGGCAGCGCCGGAGCCAUCGCAUCCCUGCCGGGCGGUGCUGCUCUCGGCCGGGCCCUGCGCGCCGGGCGCUUCCCUGGAGCGGCCGCCCGUUUCGGUGCGUGCCGGGGGCGGGGGUCCGAGCCGAUCAACGCCGGGGCUGCCCUGCCCUGCCCUUCCCGCGGCUGCCUCGCGGUCGGGAGGGGCCGUUCCCGCCCCUACGUCGGGCCUUACGGGAAGUGAUGUUGCCUUGACGGAAAACGCACGCUUGCAGCCCAAAAAAGGGCAGGUGCGGAGGGACGCGGCGCUGCGGGAGCCCCGGUGGCGGCGAGCAGAGUCUGCUUGCUGAGAGGGUUCAGGAGGUCUCUUCAACCUGAUUUGCAAUGCUUGGGCUAAACUAACGCUUUGAUCAUCUUGGAUCUAAAGAAAGCUAAAUCCAUCAGAACAACAUCUUGGUUUUUCUCUCUCACCUGUAGAUGAGAAAUGGCUCUUUUUGCAUGACUGUGGUAUUCAAGAGAUCUGAACUGUGUCAGGAAACUCGUUGCUGAAGUACAUUUGGAAAACUACAAAUCCAUUUGCAGCUGUUAAGGCUCGAGCUUUCACCCAGCUCUGUCCAGUGGAAGGGUGCAGCUGAACCAUAACAGUUUCAUACAGCUCCAGAGCAUUUGAAUGAAAAGACCCUUUGCAGAGCUACAAGGUGCCUCCUGAAUUCUCACUAUGUCUGAUGGGGACUAUGAUUACCUCAUAAAAUUUCUAGCACUUGGUGAUUCUGGAGUAGGAAAGACCAGCCUUCUUUACCAAUAUACAGAUGGCAAAUUUAAUUCCAAAUUUAUCACAACAGUGGGCAUUGACUUUCGGGAAAAGAGAGUGGUGUAUAGACCCAAUGGGCCAGAUGGCGUUGGUGGCAGAGGACAGAGGAUACAUCUUCAGCUCUGGGAUACUGCAGGGCAGGAAAGGUUUCGUAGCUUGACAACGGCUUUCUUCAGAGAUGCCAUGGGGUUUCUUCUACUCUUUGAUAUGACAAAUGAGCAAAGCUUUCUCAAUGUCAGGAACUGGAUAAGUCAGCUACAAAUGCAUGCAUAUUGUGAAAACCCUGACAUUGUAUUAUGUGGAAACAAGAGCGAUCUGGAAGACCAGAGAAUGGUGAAAGAAGAGGAGGCUAAGGAACUUGCAGAAAAAUAUGAAAUACCAUAUUUUGAAACCAGUGCAGCUAAUGGGAAUAAUGUAAGCAAAGCCAUUGAAACUCUGCUUGACCUCAUUAUGAAGCGCAUGGAACGGUGUGUGGAUAAAUCCUGGAUCCCAGAAGGGGUAGUGCGCUCCAAUGGGCACAGCUCUACAGAACACCUGAAUGAGGAGCAAGAAAAAGGCAAAUGUGGCUGUUAACCUAGUUACAAUUAAGUUUAAUGUAUAUGCUAGAAUAUAGUACAGUUGCAGCUUAACUGUUUAACUUAUGGAAAAAUCACAUUAUGUAGUUAUUUAAUGAGCUAUAUUAAUUCUUGAUACUAAGUUUUGUCUUUUUCCUCUCAAACAACAUUGACCUUUACUUGCAAGGUAUACAGUUUAUUAGUGAUGGGACAGAGGUUUAAAUUUGGUGUAGCACUGGAUAUUACUCUCUCUAUUUUGGAGGGAAGGAGUGGAAUUUUCAUUACCAAAUUCAGAAACAUCUCUCUGUGUGGGCAAUGAGAAAGAGUAGGCUUCUGAAUUGAAAGAGUUUCAAUUACCCUUUGAAGGCUCCAUGAACUACAUAGACUAGGCAUUUACAUUAGAUAUUGUGACAGCUCUUUGUCUGUACUAACAGCAAGCUUACCAACAUGGUUCUUGGUUUUGAACAGAAACAUGUAAUCACUUUAUCAAUCAAUAGCAAUCUUAAAGAGCAUAUCCUGUGUUUUCCACAAAAGCCUGUGAGUAGCCUCUCCUUGCUCUCUCAAACCAAAAGUUUUUAGUGAAGAAAACCAAAAGAAAGCUAUUCUAUAGAGAAUAAAAAACUGCAGAGGAACACAGGGCUGCAUACGUAGAGCACUUUGCGUAUGCCAUGAACAUGGAAACUACAACUGUACUAUAUAAAAUAUAUCCAACACAGCCUAUGAGGCCUCCUCAUAAUUUGAAUUUCUAGAACAUGCAUAUACAUAUAUUUAUAUGUAAAUGACAUAACUGUACAUCUAUUGUUAUGUUUUGUUUAUGUUACCACUCAUGUUUUAAUAGGAAUGUAGGGCAACCUAGAUGUCAGCAAAAUUUCAUCAGAGCUAGUGCUUUGCACUGAAUUUGUUUUACCAACCACAGAUUCUGAACGUUUCUUCAAAUUUGAAUUGAAAAAUGAAAGAUGAUUUUUUUCUGUCUAGAUCAGUAUUUCUAUAAAUUUAUAACGCUCAUUUUAUUCUGCCAACCUUUGUAUCUUGUACAUCUUGGUUAUCAUAUAUUCAUUUAUGGCUUGUUAAUUUCCUUUAGGUUUUAUUUAAAAAAGAGUAGAGUUGCUUUUCCCCCCCUCAUGAAUCACAUGAAUAUCAGUUUUGGUUUCAGUGAAUCAUGUUACUUUUUGAUAAUUUUUAUUUAUUAAUACAACCUAAGGAAUAAUCAGUAUUUUUUGGGUCUUUUUUCCAGGCUGAUUUAUAAGAUGUGCCUACCAAACUGUUUUCUACCCUGGCAGAGGUUGUAUAACUCUCUGAAGUUAUUGCUAAUUAAGUCAUAACAUGCCAAAUUGAGUCUUUUUACAGACUUUCCACAGCAGUUUAUUUACAAAACUCCAAAACUAUUGCUUGUUUAGGAAUUAUGUAUUUAUUUAUUUAAGUGUUCUAACUACUGCAAUUUCAGGUGAACAUUGCUGCAAUUCAUGUUCACAGCUGGCAUCAUAACAAAUUUUUUGAAGGACCAAAAAUGUUUCUAGAACAGGACCUAAUUAAAAAUAUAUAUAUAUUUGGUGUAGCCUCUGGUUAUAUUAAUAAUGCAAGAAUAAGUGCUAAAACUUGGUUCUUAAAAUAUUUUACAAAGUAAUGCAUUGUUCUUUAACACACACAAUGUGUAAAUAUUAGAUUUUUAUCACAGCCUACACAGAAUAUUUUAAAAGUGCAAUAAAAUUUGACUGCUCUGGGGCUAGGACAGAGAUUAAAGCAAUUUAUAUUGAAUAAAUAUAGGGUUUUUUUCUACUAUACAAUACCAAGAUUCUGAAAUGCUUGUGGACCAGAGUUACUAUAGCUUAAGUCAGAGUGCCUUUUGAAGUUACCAUCAUGUUUCUGACUAGUAGAGUAUCAAACUCUACUGUAGGACACAAUACAUUUCAAUGCACUUCAGUGUCUGAAUUUCUUUUCAUGUAAUUCUCUGCUUUUCAGAGGGUUGCGGUGGAACUUUGCCAUGCAUUAACUUUAAUGGGGGUUUUUGUGCUUAUAGCUCCAUCCAGUUUGUGAAAACUUGAAGGAUUAUUGCAGCCAACUGCUGAGCUAAGUGACUACUGAAAUGGCGUAAAAAUACUUUAUUUUGAAUGCUUAUGUUUAGAUUGGAGAUUGAAUCUUAAAUACUGAAACUGUCAUAUUUUUGUCAUGCAUAUUAUAUGUAACUAUUUACUGUGUAAAGAGAGCCUACAUAAAAUUGCUUUGAUGUCAGCCUUUGAAAUGUGCCAUAAGAUUUAUCUGUUUGAAUUAUUCUGUGACAAAACUUUUGUCCCCUUUUUAGCUCUCAUAAGAAAUCAUGGUAAAUGUUUCUUGACAGUGAAUUACACUAUUCUUACUUAUCAGUCUAGUACUGGUUUUAAAAAAAAAACUCAACCAAACAAAGAAGAAUUCUGAUGUGUUUAGAAACUGUUAUUUCAAGAAAAGUUGUUUCCAUCCAGUGUCAGGCAAAAAUGUUGAUCUGUAGUGGAACAAAGUUCUGGAAAGGAUUUCCACUAUGAUGCUUUGUCUUGGGAUUUUCUUAUUAAUAUAAAAUAGCUGAACAUUCCUGAUUUGAACCUUGUCAGCAUUUGUUGAGCUGAAUUGUAAUAUUUCCUGUUAUCUCAGUUCAAUAUCAGUCUGUGUCCUUCCGCAUUAGGGACCAUGCAGAAGGACGUUGCAUUACGUUUGGUUUUGGUUUUUUUUAGUUCAAAUGCAUCUAAGUUCUCUUCUGUGGCCUAGGUACUUCUUGAUGUUACCCUCUGGCACUGACUGAACCAGUUGGAUUGGGGGCUGAUGCAUCCUGGGUGAUGCCAGAAGGAGCUCAAACCCAUAGAAGAAAAUAGAGGCAACAAUUCUAUAUUCAUAAGACAUUCAGAAAGCUGCUAAUGUGAGCAUGUAGCAUGUUGAGAGCACAGGGAAUCAAGCCAUACAUUUUGUAAAAUCUACUGCUUCUACAAAGCCUCAGGUUGACUGCCUUUUUUUGUUGUCCUAGAAACCAGAAAGCAACAAAUGCCCUAAAGAUAUUUAGAUUCUGCAAAUCAAAAUGCCACAGAAACUUUAAAAAGAAGCGAAAUCCCAGAAAGAUGAGAUGG